AUGUCUGAGCAGUACUACGACAGGCAGCAGCAGCAGCAGCAGACGAGGUCCCAUCAGGUGGUGAAAGCUGCCACCGCUGCCACUGCUGGUGGUUCUCUCCUAGUCCUCUCGGGCUUGACUCUGGCCGGAACUGUGAUUGCUCUCACUCUAGCCACUCCUUUGCUUGUCAUUUUCAGUCCGGUGCUGGUUCCGGCUGCCUUAACCAUUUUCUUGAUAGGCUCGGGUUUGCUUGCUUCUGGAGGAUUUGGGGUGGCUGCAAUUAGUGUUCUGUCGUGGAUUUAUCGAUACGUAACUGGGAAACACCCUCCCGGGGCGGAUCAUCUGGAUUAUGCAAAGACGAAGCUAGGUACUAAGGCUCGGGAGAUGAAGGAUAAGGCUGAUCAGUUCGGGCAGCAUAAAAUCAGCGGUUCACAAGCUUCUUGA